CACAUGUCCUUCAGUGGCUUAACAGCCCGAGCGUUGCACCGUGGAGUCCGAGGACCUUUUUAUAGGAUUAUGGCUGCUCAAGUGUCAGAGUCGGACCAAAUCAAGCAGUUCAAAGAAUUUCUUGGCACCUACAACAAACUGACAGAGAACUGCUUUAUGGACUGUGUGAAAGAUUUUACUACCAGGGAGGUCAAAGCAGAAGAGACUUCAUGCUCCGAGAGUUGUCUACAGAAGUAUCUGAAAAUGACCCAGCGGAUCUCCAUGCGCUUCCAGGAGUAUCACAUCCAGCAGAACGAGGCUCUGGCAGCCAAAGCUGGCUUACUUGGCCAGCCCCGCUAGUGGACAGCUGCAUCUGGCACAGACUGAUGUCCUCAGGCUGCGAUCCUCAUUAUGCCUAUGGGGAAGGUAAAUGUCCACAUUACCCCGUGAGCGGAGCGUGCCGGCAGGGAUGGCAGAAGAUAUCGUCCUGUACGGUUCAGAUCCUCAGCCUGGGGUAACAUUUGUUUCCCUUUAAUCUACAGCAGGCAGAGACUCACUAGACCUUAAAAGCUUGGUCUUAACACAGGAAAAAUGUGAAGGUAGUUUUGUUUUUUUGUUUGUUUUUUUUGUAACAUGCACAUACCAAAAUAAAACAAGGUAAUGAGGCA